AGAUGGCUCAAAAACAUGAACCACAUCCCAGCACUGGAGAAGCUGAGACAGGAGGACUAUAAGUUUGAGUCAAUCUGGGGUGACUUAACAAGACUCUUCUGCUGAAUGAAAGAGAAAGAAGGGGAAGAGGAAGAGAGGGGAGAAGAGGGAAGAAUUGGGAAGAGGUAAUCUGGAGAUAUAUGCUCAAUGCUAGAGCACUUGCCUAGCAUAUGCAGGGCCCUGGGCUCAAUCCCCAUCACUACAAAAAAAGAAAGGUAUGGCCCAUAGGCUGUAGGAAGGCUGGGAAAGUUGUUAUCCUCUACCUACCCAGGCCUCCAUCACCUGGCAGGACCUCUAUGACCUCAUGCUGCAACAGGUCACAACCAACUCAUAGGGGCUCACCUAACUGGGCAGCUUGGGGUUCUUGCAGCAGCCACUGCCCUUCCCAAUCCUUCCUACACCCCACCAUGUUGGUUAGUACCCCCCACUUGCUAACUCUGGAUGAAGCUGAUGCCACUUGGACUCUCAUCAAAGAUAAGGUUAUCGAGGAGCGCUUUGGGUCCAAUGUGGUAGCAGUACCUUUCCUGUCGGAUGCAGCCUGCUAUGACCUAUUGGGGGUGCUAGUGAAACAGUCCCGCCCAGUACACACCCGCUUGGCUUUGCCGGGUCGGCAGGGCCGGAAGGCACUCAAGCCCGUGGGGCCGCUACCAAACCUUCUAGAACAGGCAGGGUCAGAAGGUGCCUUUGCCCACUGCACUCGGGAAUACUCACCAAAUGGCCGAGCCGAGAUAGCCUAUGAAGAGAUGCGACUGUUGGAUGGGCAGCCCUGCCGGAUCCGCCUACAUAUGGGUGGCCUGCGCAAGAAGGUUGCCUUCCUGCUGCUGCCACCGGGGCAGGUGAGCCUACAGCAGACUCUUCCCUGGCUCCGAAGCACCCACAGCAUCUAUGUCAUCUACCAGGUCUUCUCCUGCUCCUGGCUGCAGCUGGGGUUGUUGCCUACAGCCCGUGAACCUCAGCUGCUCCGAUUACAGCGGUCAUUGCCUGUCGCCUUUUCCUGCCUCAAGUUUUCACUGCAGCCCAAGGGUGUUCUGGGACCACAGAAGCCUCUGAACAAAGACCCAUUGCCUCAUGGGGUCCACUGGGUCAAACCCAACCUCAGCAUCACACCAACGCUGGCCCCCACGUCAGCACCUGCUGAUAUCCCUGAGGAUGCUGAUGUACCCCCUGCUGUCCCUGCCCCACCUACACCUACACCACCUCCCCAAGAAGGGCCUGAAGGCAGACCCACCAGAUUCUCCUGCAAGGGUCGAAACCCCUUCCGGAGGGGGCCCCAGAUGCUGUCAGGUACUAACUGGCUCUUCAGCCCCCGCAGCCCCCCACCAGGAGCCCAGGGUGGGGGCCCCGGGGACCCCGACCGGCACUCCAUGUCCCUGCCCCUGCUGCAGGGUCUAUCCUCGGAGUUCGACAGCGACGACUAAAGCUGAGGCAAGAGAUUCGGGGGGCAAGACCCCCAAGAUCUGGCAUAGGGGUACUGGUCCCCAAUAAACAUCAACUGCUGCUCCCCCUAACCAUCCUGGGCCCAU